CUGCGCGCUCUGUGCUGCCGCCCUCCACUCGGAAUUGCCACGACGCAGAACGCGGACAAUUUUGGCACGACAGAGAGCCGCUCUGGUUGUCCUUUUAAACGUGCCACCAUGAGUACUACAUUCCAAGAGAGCGUCUUUUUCUCUGCCUUGCAGACCCACAGCUCGUCCACAACCUACGCCCUCCCGUCUGACGUUCGCGCCGGGAACGGGGGCGCGCAGUCGGACGAGGAGGCCAAAGCGCGCCGCGUCCAGGAGCAGAUUAAGCUGAGGAUGGCGGAGAAGUCCACACUUCCGCGGCAGAAUGGAAAGGCUUCCUAUCACCCCAUGUCAGACUAUGGGGGCACUUCCACCAUGAAAUACAGCACCUACAGCCCAGGCGGCUUCACCUCAAAGUCCUCCUAUAUGUACAACGGCUCCAGGACAAUGGGUCCUCGCAUAUCCCAGCGGGCAGAUUUCAGCUCCCGGUCUUCAGGUCCAGCCAUUGCUCAGUUUCAAAGGAUGAGUGUUGGUGGUGGAGUUGCAGGUGGGGGUGGGGGGUUUUACACAGAAGAUGCUUACCAGGGAAGCUCGAGACAACACAACCGAGUAGAACCAGAUGCAAUGUCAGUGCAUUCGAUGCGACAGGUGGCUGGUGUGAACAACUGGAGGUUUGACGAUGAUGAUGCUCGAAGCAUGAUGUCUGAACGCGACUCUCCCAUGAACCACCAAUUUACUCAAAGUGCAGUCAAUGGCUACGGAUCUCAGAUGAGGCAGAGCGCUGUGACCCAGAUGGGACCAAUGCACCAAUCUUUAAGUGGCAUCAAUUACCCAAAUGGAGGAAUGUCAGGUGGGGGGGCAGAGUACAACCAACAGCAAAUUUCCUUUAGAGGCCCUUCACACCGUACCAUCAGCAGGAUUACAAACAGAAACCGAAUGAGUGUUAAUUCGAUGCCUGGGAACCUGAUGUCUCCAAGUGCCAGCAGCUUUGUAAGAGACAAAACCGAUGGAGGAUUUAUAGCUCAGGGUAAUUCCCAGGGAAAUCUGAUGCGCACAGCCCCCCUGUCCCGUACCAUGUCCAUGAAAAGCAUCCAAAGUGUUGGGAGAGGUGCUGACAUCUAUGGUGGGCAGAUGGAGCUUGGGGCCAGCAUGGCAACUCUUAACCAGGCGGUGGAAAUGGACAUAGAAACAGCAGUGACAUACAUCAGAUCAUCGGAAACAGGGGAUCAGAAACUUGGGGCUGCAUCCAUACAACAUCAGUGUUACAACAAUAGCGAGGCAAAAGAUGAGGUCCGUAAGCUAAAGGCAAUAGGUGAUUUGGUGAAGCUCUUCAACAGCAGAGACGAGACUGUGCGACGUUAUGCCACUGGUGCAGCACGCAACCUCAUCUAUGAGAACCAGAAAAACAAGGAAGAACUGAUUAAAAAGUUUGGCAUUACCGAGCUGAUCAAGGCACUGGGAGAGGAUGACGACGAGCUACGCAAAAAUAUUACAGGUAUCCUGUGGAAUCUUUCAUCCAAAGACCCGCUGAAGAAGGAAAUAGCUAAGGAAACGAUUCCCGGGCUCACCGACAAAAUCCUCAAACCUUUGGCGAUGAGUAUGAUGGAGGAAGCUGCAAUAACUGACAAACCUGAAAGGCAAAUCAGUUGUGAUGACUCUGAUGACAGUGGUGAGGUUUACAUAUCACCACCUGAUGAAGAAAUCUUCUGCAACACCACAGGCUGUUUCAGAAAUCUGAGUUCCGCGAGCGCUGAGAUCCGACAGUUGAUGCGAUCUCAAAGCGGGUUAGUGGAGUCCUUGGUGACGUACAUCAAAGCUAUGCUUUACAGGAAAAGGUCAAACAACAAGGGGGUGGAGAACUCUGUGUGCACCUUAAGAAACCUCUCAUACGAGCUAUACUCUGAACUUCCCAAGUCUAUACAAGACCGCCUGGAAGGGGAAACUGGGGACAGUAACGGUGAUCAAACAAUCGGCUGCUUUUCUCCUCAGAGCAAGAAAGUCAAAAAUAGAAAGAACCAGGGUCAUUUCACACCUACAGAGGCUACAAAACUUCCAACAGAUACCAACUGGCUUUGGCACCCUCAAAUCUUGGGAGUGUACCAUAAAGUUCUGCUGUCGACGGACGUUAACUCUACCACUCGUGAGGCGACUGCCGGAGCUCUUCAGAACCUCACUUAUGGAGACAAAAGGUGGCCUGGGGUGCUGUCUAGUUUUGCUGAGCAGAAAAAGAUUAUCCCAACCAUAAUAAAACUUCUGAACACUGAGAGAACAAUGGAGCUGCGUUCACUCACAGGCUUUUUGAGGAAUCUGGCUCGCCACACCAGCAGUAAAGAUGACAUGGCUAAACAAGUCAUAAAGGCCGUGGUGGAGAAGUUGCCUGAAGAAUCCUUACCCCAACUACAAAUCCCCAUGAUUGUCAACAUUUGUGGUAUUUUAAAUAACCUGGUCAUCGGCAGCUCUCUGGCUGCUAAAGAGAUCGCCGAAUGUGGGGGCUUGGAUAAACUAAAGACAAUCAGGGACACUGAAAGCUUAUGCCUGGAUGAAUCGAAGGCAGCCAAAUCAGCUGAUACAGUCAUAGUCAACGUGUACUAUUACAAGAAACACCACAAACUGUACAGAGAUAAAGGGUACAACAAAGCAUUUUUUAAGCAGAAGUUUAAGUAAAGGAAAAGUUAUGAAGUUCAUCCUUGAUCUGCAAGACUUUGUGCUAAGGCUACAAACACACAGCUAAGUGGAGGAAAAGACUUUGUGUUUUACCUCAACAAACAUCUCUGGAGCGGUACCUGUGGAUCUGUUGGGAUUAUAUGGAUGGACUCUAAUACACAUUUUUGCACCUUAAUCAUUAACUCUGUUCUUACACGAUGAUCUAAGCAGCAAGUUUCAUUUCCUGCCUCAACAGCAUGAAUUCAGAUGGGACAGAAGCUGUCAGUGGAAUCAACAAAAUGGACAGCUGAGGUUUUCAAAUUAACAGCCAAAACACAAUAGAUCUAAAAAAAAAAAAACAGGUUUUUUUGUAAAUAUUGCAUUUACAGAUUUUGGGUAUUUUAUAUUGUGCUAUUCAGUUUUCUUUAAAGUGUUUUAGACAAUUCUUUUUUUUUAACAUUUAAUUGUAAAUAUAUAUUUGAUCUAUGGGACAGAUUUUUCUGCAUAUUUUGUUUUUCCAUUUAGAUGUAUGUUUGAAGCAAAAUGUUCUCUUAAAUGUCAUUGAUAAAACCAUUAUGUAUUGUUGAAAAAUGUCUGUUAAGAAACCUGUCUCUCAAUUUUGUUCCUUUACAAACCCAAAAAAGGAAUAUUUGCCACGUCUUUUCUGAUUGUAACCUCAAAACUCUAACAGUUGAAUGUGAGUCCGUGUUAAUAUCCAAAAUUUGUUUAAAAACAUGAAAGUUAGAGUGAGAAUAUUUACAGCUGUAUGGUGUAAAUGAUGUUUUCUGGGUUUUGCACGACAAUUGUUUGGUUUGUUACUUUUGUAAUGAAAAUGGUUGUUUUGGAAUUAAAGUCUAAUUAAAAAAGGA